GCUAUGUGUUAAGUGUUAAAGUUGUUGAAUGACAGUCAAAAUUUAUUUGUUAAUACAAUUCGCAGCUAAUAAUACAAUUAUCUCUUGAUUUGGCUGUAAUUUUUACAUUUUAUUUAAAAUAUGAAUUAAAAUAUGAACUAUUUAAUUGCAUAUAUACUUACUUAUGGUAUACAAUUUUGCGUACGAAUGCCGAAAUAGCAAGUGCUGUACUAUAAAUCCAGGGUUGAAACAAGAUGGCUACUGAGGAGAGUAUAGAUGGAAUACAAUUGGCAGAAUCGUCUUAUAAAAUGAAAACUGAAGAGCAGAAGGGUGACAACGCAACUGAAAUUGAAGCUGAAGACAAGUUUAACUCGAAAGGCAUUCAACCAUUGGACAUGGCUGCAGCCACUUCUCAAAAUUUGACUGGGCCAAAAACCCCCACGAGCAUCACCCGCCACAAAUCGGAAAGGGAAAGAAAAAUUGGCCAUCGUCGGGUUGGUGUGGGUGGAGAAAUUACAUACAAAAAGAUUCAAACAACCCAAAUAAUGGGCUCCAUUCAGUUGGGCAUUCAGCAUGCGGUUGGAGGAUUGGCUUCGAAACCAGAGCGCGAUCUUCUGAUGCAGGAUUUCAUGACGGUCGAAACGACUAACUUCCCGUCAGAAGGUUCAAACCACACUCCUGCGCAUCAUUAUUCAGAAUUUAGGUUUAGGACUUACGCGCCCAUUGCAUUUAGGUAUUUCCGAGAUCUUUUUGGCAUUCAACCUGAUGAUUUUUUGAUAUCAAUGUGUAGUUCGCCCCUUAGAGAAUUAUCAAAUCCUGGUGCUAGUGGUAGUAUAUUUUAUCUCACAGAUGAUGAUGAAUUCAUCAUUAAAACCGUACAACAUAAAGAGGGUGAAUUUCUUCAGAAACUUCUUCCAGGGUACUAUAUGAAUCUCAACCAAAACCCUCGUACGCUUCUGCCAAAGUUUUUCGGGUUAUAUUGUUAUCAGUGCAACUCCAAAAAUGUGAGAUUAAUUGCCAUGAAUAAUCUCCUGCCUUCGUAUGUCAAGAUGCAUCAGAAGUAUGAUCUCAAAGGUUCCACUUACAAACGAAAAGCUUCCAAGUCCGAAAGACAGAAAAAUUCCCCUACGUACAAGGACCUAGACUUCAUUGAACACCAUUCGGAAGGCAUUGGUCUUGAAGCAGACACUUACAAUGCUUUAGUCAAAACCAUACAGCGAGACUGUAGGGUACUUGAAAGUUUUAAAAUAAUGGAUUACAGUUUACUUGUAGGAAUUCACAACUUGGAUCUAGCAGCACGUGAGAAGGCUGAGCGGCAGGCGAACCAGGCAAGCAGCCGGAUGGAAGGGGACGAGGGCGGGGGAGGGGAGAACGGCGGCACCGCGGCCGACGACAAGGAGAGGGGAGCGACGGCGCUGAACAGGUCUCGCUCCAUCAACCGGCAGCGACUCGUCGCACACUCCACCGCCAUGGAGAGCAUCCAGGCGGAGAGCGAGCCCAUAGACGAGGAGGAUGACGUCCCGCCUGGCGGUAUUCCGGCGCGGAACUCCAAGGGAGAACGUCUUUUGUUGUUCAUUGGUAUCAUCGACAUCCUGCAAAGCUAUCGGUUAAAAAAAAAGCUUGAACAUACGUGGAAGGCAAUGAUUCAUGAUGGGGAUACAGUCUCCGUCCAUAGACCAGGCUUUUAUGCACAGAGAUUUCAGGAAUUUAUGGCUAAAACAGUUUUCAAGAAAAUUCCUUCACCGUUGAAGCAUUCCCCAUCAAAACGCAAGAGCAUUUCUAGGCCUGUCCGUGGUGUGGAAGUUGAAACCAUUGAUUCAGGUGUUGGUGGCCUGGGUGGCGGCGGGUACUCUCCGAUCCCCUGCUCCUCCACCCCUCCGCCGGCGUUCGAGGACGCCAUGAGCGGGGAGUUGGUGGGGUCUCCCGCCCGCCACCGCCUCGGCCCGGCCCACGUCACACAGCACCACCACCAGCACCACUUCGUCAGGGCCUCGUACCGCGAGUCUGAGGUGGUCAGUAUAUCAGAUGUCCGACUUGAGUGCCGAUCGGAAAACAAGUCUUCCCUGAGCGUGGAAUCCAGCUCGACCACUUCAGGAUUCGGCUCCGGGCCGACGGGGCGGAACCUCACUUGGACGCCCCCGGCAUCCGUGGAAGGGAGCACGCCCACGUGGACCGAGGGUACGCCGUCCUUCACCGAGUCCUCAAGUAGUGGGGAAAUAGCAGGCUGUCCAACAACGCCCAUUAGAAACCUGACCAUUAGGCGGGACAGUGAAGCUCCCAAGUCUGCUUCGACAGAUGAUGUUCUCAACUCCCGCGAUUCUGAAAUGACAGUUGUUAAUUAUCUGUUCUAUCGCCACUGUGUAGCACGUAUGGAAAUGUAGGCAGCGCUAGUUGACAUCAUGUUUAGGUGAGUUAAUGCCUGUAUAGAAUGCGUGUGCGUAGUCGAAUAUUGAUAUAGAUAGCUUGCCGAUUGCAAGUAGCGCGGAGUGCACUCACUUUGUCUUGUGCUGAGUAAACUAUCAUUGUUAGUUUGGUGAUUUACAUAAUAAACAAAUUUUAUAUGUUUUCCAAGUACUCUUAAUUAACAUCAUUUAACUAUCUAACCUCUUAGUGUUUCUGUUUGUUUUGAAGCACAUUUUCAAUUAAUGUUGUAAAGUGAUAACCAUGAAACUAAAAUAGAUUCCGGAUAAGCCAGACACAGAAAAUGUGUACUACAAGCACUUUUAUCAUUGUUGCACAUAUUUUGAAAUGGGAAAAUACACAUUCAGAUUUUAAUUUAUAUAUAAGGUCAAGAAUUUUACUAUAAAAAUAGUGUUUGAUUGAAAUGCUCCACAAAUUCCAUGACUUUCUUAAUUUUACUCUUAAAUAAAUAUAUUUAUAUUACAUUUUGAACAUCUCAAUAAAAUUAUCAACUUUCUACUCCUUAUGAACUCCAUUCAAUUUUAUACUUUACAAUGGUAAAUAUUUAGAGGCAGUUUUAUGAGGGAAACAUGUUUUGUGGAUUAGUGGAUCAUAGUUUUUCACCUCAUGUUAUGACUUGUCAAGAGUGGGCAGUUAGGUAUUAUUGUGAGGAGUCACUUAGAAGUUAUUUUAUUUAGACAAACUUAAAGAAUAACAAUAUGUUGCAGACAAGGGAACAGAUGUAUUAAUUUUUAUUUUAUAUUUUUUAAUAAUAUAUUUGUUUUGCUUUUAUUUUAUAUGUGUGUACAUUUUAUUUGAUGAAAAUAAAUUUGACUAUGUUAUAUUUUAUUGUAAUUAAAUAUAAAUGUAACCCCUAGCUGCUAUACCAUUAAGAGUUUAAUGAAUUGAGCACAUUAUUCUUUGUUGAAUUAGAUGUGGAGAAACUGUUGUAUGUGCGUAGUUUACAUUUCCAAUUUCUUCAAAUAUUUAGACUCAUUUGGGCUGGGUGGAUUGAGGAUGCUAGAAUCCAUCAAAGAUGCAAAAACAAUGUUCAGUAAAGUAUUGUUAUUAAGUACAGAUCUAAAGAUAUUCUAAUUUUUGUCUUGGUUAUAAUGAAAAUACUUUCAGACUCAACUAGUAUUAUAAAAAUUUCUUUGAUAUGUUUUCUAUAAAUAAGUAUCAUUACGUACUUUAACCUUAAAUAUGUGAAGUACUUAAUUACAAAAUUUUACUGUGAAAGAUGAUAAUUUUUGCCAGUUUCUUAUAGUGACAUGGACAUCUCUCAAUGAUCCUACAUCAAUAUCUGUGACUAUGUAGAAGAAAUUAAGCCUUGAAUAUCAAAGAAUAGUAUGGCAAUCUUAAUGUUGUUUAGUAGUUUAUAUCAAAGAACAUAACAAUUGCCAUACUAUCAUUUGAUGUUUAGAGAAGUUAAGCUUGAAAUGUGUGAAUUUUAUGUAUAGUCUUAACAAAGUGCUAGUCUUUUUUUUAUACAAUAUUCUUUCUCAUUUCAUGUUGUCAUUCUUGUGUUACAUGCAGCCUGAACGUUUUUACUCUAUGAGUGGACCUUACUAAGUAAGCCAAGUAUUGUUGAUAGCUUUGGUAGUGGUUGUUGUUGGUAGCUGUAACUUUAUUGUUAUUGCUAUAAUGCUGCCUUUGUGCACUUAAGAAUUAAUGUGUGAAGUGUUAUUUGAAACUGUAUUUUGAUACUUGAUUGAGAAGAUGAUAGGGUAAAGGAUAACUGUAGAAACAUUUCUAUGAUUGCGAACGCGAGAGCAUCCUGAUCAGCAAGUGGUUUGUGACACUGCCUAUUUUGUACACAGUUGUUAGCCGGUGGCUGGGGAGUAGGUGGGCUGCUGGUAGAUGCUGUUGCAGAGUCAGUAUUCAGAUACCCAUGGUGGAACACAGGAAUGUUUCAGAAUUAUACACUGAGAUGCAUGAAGCACUCUCCUUGCUAGAGAUAGAGUUUUGUUUAUAAUUUCGGUACAAAAUGUUAAAAUGAAAUUCGACACCCUCUUGUCCAGCCACCUUUUGGCCUCCGCUUUAAGGGGGAAUAGACCCCGCCAUCUGGAAUUUUUCCAUCUUUUUUGCUGUAAUUCUAAUUCGGAACUAUUUAUCCCAAUUUUUUGGCAUUCACGGCAUAAAACAUAUCUCCCAGACCUUCUAUACCUUGUUGCAACCAACAUGUUUACUAACAGGCUAUAGUCUGUAAGUGUCACGAGGAAGUAACUUAUUAUUUCAUGUGGGUGACUACAAACAUCAUGAGAAUCACACCAGUUCACAAGUGUUGACUUCAACAAGUAGCCUAAGGCAAGUCCUAUGCCAUGUCAAACUAAAAAAAAAUUAGCACUGCAGCUUUAUUGCAAGCGGUACCAAAAUAAUAUAAAUUGCUAGAUGGCGCGGGUUAAUCCCUUAACCGGCCGCCGCAAGUUUGAUAUAAUAACGACGACGACUUGCGGAUCUGUUGCGAUGUGUCUGGCUGCUAGCUUAUUCGGUUCAGUUGAGCUGCCGAUUCACUUUGGUGCUGACUGGUAAAAUGGUUGCUGGUUAAGAGGUAUUUGAAAGUUGUACGUGAAAAAAUACAAAGAGAUAAAUUUUUUUAUGUUAUAGGUUAAUUAACUGUUUAUAAUGGAAUUUGCAGCUGUAUGAAAAAUUUACUAUUUUCAUGGUUUUGCAAAGUUAUAAACAUUUGUGAAAUAUGUGCAAAAUGUAGUUUUUUUCCUUAAAGAAAAAAAUACUUUGAACAUCAAAAAGCACAAUUACACUGUGGGCAAAGCCAUUUUGAUUACUUUGGGCCACCCAUGUAGGUUAUUGUGGAAAUGAAUGUUACACUUGUUUUUUUUUUUCCACAUUUUCAGAGUGUUUUGACUUGUAAUGAAUAAUUUUUUCAAACAACUGGAAAAACCAAACUUCAAAGAUCUGUUUUCUUUACUGGAUGGCAAAUUAUGAAAAUAAAUUGCAAUAUAGGUAACUGGUAAUGUAGUACACCUGCCCCUUGAAGUAACGCUGUUCAAUUAGGCUAGGGUAUGAUGUGAAGUAGUGCAAUCGUAGAUUCAAAUUAGCACUCUAUUUCAUCUACAGAAAUUUUUAAUUUUUGUGCAUGCAUAAUGAUGAUGACACAUGACAUUAAAUACAAUACAAUGAAUUAAUAAUAUGAAAAACAAAAACAUAGAUAGCUUACCCUUUCUUUAAUAACUAUUCACUUCCUUCACUGUCAUUUACUUCCACCAUUGCCUAUGUGCCACCAUUACCAUUGCCUAUUACUAUUUAAAUUUGAACAAUGAUUGAUAUCACACCAUUGCCCAUGUAGGUUCAGCCAGUGUUUAUAUUGUGCUGCCCUGCAAGUCAGCAGACACUUUGGUGAAAACAGUCAGCAAGUCAAGUGUUUUAGCUUGCAUACAUUAAUUUAGUAAACAUUCGAGUCUGGAAUUACAUUAAUGGGAUAAGUAAUCUUGCUUGUUAAUAUAAAAUUUAAAUUUAUGCUUCUUUUAUUAUAUAAGACAUUGAAACAAAGCUUUUUUUAUUAAUAAUGUAAUAGUUGGUAUCCCAGAAAUAAUUGUGCCUACUCAGGAAAUUUUAUGCCCAAAGCCUAUUAUGUCAAAAAUGCAGCUCAGGAAUUUUUUUUAACAUUGUAUAUUUAUUUUAAAUUGUUUAUCCUCGGAAUUUGAUUCAAUCCUUUAUGCAAAUUUACUUUAAAUGUAUUUAAACAUACCAAUACUGUAAAUAGAUUUUAAGCAAAGUAAUGUCUUGAUUGAAAUGGCAGUCAACAAAUGAACUUCAUGGUUGGAAAAUAAGUUAGUUAUUUUUGUUAGCAUACUCUCUUAUGUAAAAAAUAAAUAAUUUUAUUAGAACUGUUUUGAUUAGCGCUACAUUUUUCUGGUACCAAUUAAGGGUGUUCCUUUCAAGGUGCAGCUAUAUUUUAACGACUUCUUAAGUCUUGGAAUUAUUACAGGACAAAAAUAAGUUUGUCUAUGCAGAGGAUAAAUGUGAAUGAUACUAAUGCUAAACUAAAAAUGUAAGUAAUUCUAUUGAAAUAAUCAAUAAUUAAUUCUCCAGAUAUGAUUAUUGUAGCAUUGGUUUACUAGAGCCCAAAAUGCAAUCCCAGGGUUAUCUCAAAUACUUACCCAAAAUCUGUUAGCGAUUGUGUUCAACUGAAACAUUCCUGAAAAUUUUGUUUGUGCAGCGCUUGUAUCAGUCGCAAUAAAUUACAUAAACUUACUUCCCUCGUUACGUAAAAAUCAGAGGAAUUUUUUCAACCUUGUAAUUAUAGAAAUGUUUCACCUUCAUAAUGAGUUGAUUAAUUAUUUUUUUUUUUUGUUUAGUAGUGAAAUUAAUCUUGGGCUUUCUGUUAACUAAUUUAUUGCAUUGUUUUUAUUAACAUGAAUUUUUAAUUUUUAAUUUUGUCGUCUGUUUACUUAAUAAGUACCUUUAAUGAAAUUCAGGUGUUAUUUUCAGUAGUUUUUGUGUUUGCUUUUUAAGGGUUCAGUUCUCUGAAGAAAGUAUUUACUAUUUAUGUACUUACAGUCUACAAUACAUUUAUAUAAAUCUUUCUGUUAAAAGUUUAAUUUAUCAAGUUCUUCUCUAUUAAACUCAAAAAUUUGCAUUUAAGCUAUAAAAUUAGGAAACUCUUAACAUUUUAAGUUUCAGUUAUAUAUUUUAAUCAAUUUCAUUUAUUUUUUUGUCCCGACAAGUAUAAUUAAUAGUGUCAAUUUUUUUUUUUUUUUUGAAAAAGUUAAUGAUCAUGCUUUCUCCAUCUGUGUGUUAAGUAAUGGUAGGUGCAUACUAACAUGGAAAUUUUCUUUUAUUAUGAUUUAAAAAAAAAUGAUUAUUGUUUAUUGAUUGUUUUAGAGCAUUAAAUAAGAUUUAAUUCAAUUGUUAAUUUUCAUUUCAAACAGAAAGCAUUGUAUACAUACUUGUUUCAUUGAUUGAUGUGUUUGAGAAAGAAUAGAUGGCGAUGUGUAAUUUUUCCAUAGAUUUAUGUUCCUUUCUUAAUGCCUCAUGCUUAACUUCAGUGUACAUAUUGAUGUUGAGCAAGUUUCACCUAGCACCUAUUACAGAAGCUGAUCAUUGGAAGAUCUGAUCUUGGGAAGUGCUAAAAGUUUUAUAGCUUCCAUGAAUGCUAAUUUUUAUUAUUCGGAUUUUCUGGUUUUGUAGACAUUUUAUUUAACGUUCACAUAAAAAUGACAACUGCAUUCUACAUCUAUGCAAACAAAGAUGGUUAGAAUAAAAUAAUUUCCGUGACUGUUCUUCAUUCAAACACCAUACAUGUUUGAAACAGAAGAAAAUUGACGAAUUCUUUGCUAAGAAAUUAUGUGAAAAGUUAUUUAAUUUUGUUAAAAAACAUUGUGUUUUUAUUGUAGUUAACAGUAAAUCUGCUUAUUUAAGGAUUUUAUUUUGCCUAUUACCCAUAUUACCUGGAUUAUCCAGAUUUUUGAUUGUCCGGAUUGCUUUUGGUUCCAGUUAGUUUGAUAAACGAGGAUAACUGUGUUACUAAACCAUGACUAGUACAAACACGAUAUAACAUACAAUACUCACACUAAUACAAAUUGUUACAGCCAAAAUCAGUAUUUAAAAUCUAGAGUUACUUAAGUUUGUGACUAUGAAGCAGUUAAAAUUAGUUAUUUGUCAAUAAAACAUUAAUGAAUUUCUUAAGCUAUCAACAAAUAGAAACAAAGUAAUCUUAAAAUGUAGUGAAGCCAUUGCAGCAAUGAUGUUUGCAGCUAUGCAAAUAGGUUUAUCUGACUACCUCUACUACUGUUAAUAUUUGAAACAUUAAAAACUGUGUAAUUUUUAUGCUAAAUUUUAUUCUUUGUUUCAUAAUCAUUAGAGAACAUUUCUGAAAGACUCUUUGUGAAAUAACAUAACACUUGUUAAAAAUUGUAAAUUCUUAAUUGUUCUAAUAAUGAAAAUAAAAUUAAACAAAUUUAAAGUAAAGUUAAAACCAUAAAUAUAAUUAAACCAUUUAAAAUUAUAUUUUUACUUAAACACAUUUGUUCUUUGAAUGACUUGCAAUGGGAUAACAUUGAUUGAAAUCAUUUUUUGUGGACACCUGCCUUUGCGUGUUUGCACUGUAUGUCAUAGAGAAGUCUCAAGAAUGGACAAAAAAGAUAAAUACAAGUGGUGGGUCAGAUUAAAAUUUUCUCGAAUCUGAAUCUCGAAUUUGAAUCUCAAAGAAUAUCUCAAAUAAUACCACUCGAAACCGAAUCUAGUCUCAAAAGUUAAAAAUAUAAUAGUGCACAAGAAAUGUAAAAUAUGAACUAAGGCAUUGAAACAUUCAACCCUUUAAAUGUUUGUUUCAUUAACUAAGUUUCCAUAAUUAAUAUAUAUAGUAAUUUAUUUACAUAACUUCAUGUUAAAAGUACACUAUCUUUAGGAAUGUUGAUAGGAUACGUAUGAAAAAAAAAAUUGACUUAGUAAAGUUUAGAGGUUCUUCUAAUCUUUUCCCGGAUACUGAAUCCUUAAAAUCCUAAGGAUUUGAUGGUAUUUAAGAAUUUGAUUGAUCCAUCCCUAAUGCACACAAACAACAAACAAACCAAAUUAGCUGAUGCCAGAAGUUAAAUGCAUAGACAGCUCAGAGAAUUCCAUGAAAGGAAUUAGAAAAAAAUAUUGCAGCACAUAAACAAACUCAGUGGGCUGAUGACAAGAAAAUUGCAACAACAGUUAUUAUAUUAAAUACAGACAAACAACAACAACACAGCAACAAACAGUUGAACCCAACGAUGAUAUUAAACAGAUAAUCUGGGCAACACUACAACAAAACAGCUGUGCACAUGCGAACCUAGAGAUGAAAAUAAACACAUUGUGGACAGCACGAGGACAGCACAUACAAACACUGUUCACUUCCUAACACAAAACAGAUGGGAUGUUUAACAUCUGUUCCCAUCAUCAGGCGCAGUCUUGUUUCAUUUGGUUCCUAAACCAGAUUGCUCGUGCCGGGAUUUGAACCCAAAUCCUUUCGAAUGAUAUUCCACUGUUUUAUCAUUGCACUAUCUCUGUCGGUGUUGAGCAGAGGAGGGAGACAUAGUAGUAUAAACUACCAUGCAUCCUUUUUGUUACUUUCUAAUAGCUACCUAGAGUGUGUGUACACGCACCCAAGGUUUAGCUAGGUGAAAGGAAGAGGGAUUGGCUGAUUGAUUGGUUUGUGUGCAUGCACAUGGUUGGCACAUGGCAUCUAGGCACCGCAUCUUGCAUCUUUCUUGCACGUGGUAUAUCGGGUAGCAAUGUUUGUGCCAGGGGUCCACAUUUUAAAUUCAUAUAAUAAUUUUAUAAUUGUCAAGUUAGUUUUAUAAAAAAAUUUAUAGGUUCUCAGAGUCUUCCAUAGCUUUACUUCUACACCAAAUUUGGUGACAAAUCACUAAUUAGUUUUGUCAGACUUUUAUACAUUUUUCAAAGGCUUUGUCUUCCAAAAUAGUAGAUGCAGUAGUGGUACUGCUAAAGGUUUCUAUGCAAUUUAGGUACUGUGUACUUGGAGAGUACAGUAAAAAUCAUUUAAAUGGAUGCAGAUAUAUGUAACAUCAUAUUUUAAUCUUAAAAGAUGACUAUUUGAAGAUAGCAUCAAGUAGUGGAAGUAUGUGGUUAGUCUUUAAAGUUGGUACUAUGCUGAUUUUUUGGAAGUUAUUCUUUUCAUUAACUAGAAGUAUUAUUUGUUUUUGGGUGGCCUUCAUGCUUCGAAGGAGUAGGACAGCAAAAAUUUAACAACUUUUAUGUUACAUGCUACUUUAUUCAACCGCAAAGGCCACUUUAAACACACAUCUGUUUUUAUUUAUGUAAAAACAUAGGAACUGCUGUUAAGUUAGUUAAACAUUGACUCAGGAUGUUCACAAGUUUUAGAGCAUAUAUUUAAUGGAUUGCAGGUAAAUUUGUUAAGGUAAAAAUAUGUCUGGGAACAAAACCCUGCAAAGUUACAGGCACAAACAGUAGAGCCCAAAUUUUUAUUUUGCGGGGAUUCUGGGGACUACUCCUCUGGCUGAGAGGACGUCACGUGCGAUUUCAGUGCAGAGGCGUUCAAACACUCCGUGGGAAGUGGGUGGCAAGCUGGGUACAGUUUUUUAGUCAGCCAUAUGUACAUCACCCUUAGUGGUACGAAACUCCUAGCUUCAGGUAGUCGCGUGUUAAGCUGUACAAAGUUCUUCGUAUUCUGUACAUGUCGGUUGUGAAAGCACUGUUUUUCUUCUCCCCGUCUACCAUUAACAUAUCGGCCAUCUGCGUGAAUUAUAAGUCUGCUCUGCUUUUGCUGUUUGUCAAAUCUGUGAUUGCAGCAUCAUGCUCACGAGCAGUCAACACUGCGCUAAUCGCCUAAGGCCAACUGUGUCAACCUACCGCAACCAACCAUCCACUGUGCUGUACGCCAGGCUCCUGGUUUCUCGUGCAUCUGACUAACUCUAAACGUCUUGGGUUCGGCUUCUCGCCUGCAUCCUGUACAGUGAAUGUCGCUGCACUGUGGUUGUGCAUCCUCUCAGCCAGUGGAGUGGUCUCCUGAAGCCUGCCAAAUUAAAAUUUGUAUGCUACUAUUUGCGCCUGUAACUUUGCAGGGUUUUGUUUCCAGACAGGUGUUCCUGCCAUCCAUUAAUUUUGUGACCCAUAAUUUAUAAGCAUCCUGUAAAUUCCACGUGUCACUUUCUGAACAAAAUGUUCAGUGUAAAUCAGUUGAAUGAUUUCACAUGUGUAAUCAGAUCCUUUAAUAAAAUGGCAUGUCUUUACAAAACCAAACUGAUAGCUGCACUUAACAGAAUAUUUUUAUUACAAAUUUUAAAGAUAAUUGUUUGAAUGUACAGCUCUUAUAAAUUUGUAAAAGAUAAAAAUAAAAAUGAACUGUUAUUUUUUUUAAAACGUUCGGUUCGUUUGUUUUAAAAAGCUUUACGGAGAUGACUCAAUCUCAAUGCUAAGUAUGUAAUUGUUAAUCUUGUAAUAAUUUAUUAAUUUGUUUUGUUCUGUGGUUGGCAGAAUGCAUCAAUACGACAAGCAUUUAUCCACUAAUGUUUUGCAGUUAAUUUCUCAAAGAAUGAAAGAAUUGUUAUGCCCUAUUUGUAUGCAAUGUGAUGCCUGACCAGAUAUAACCAACCUCACCAAAAUUUAUUUUUAAAUUAUUUGAUAAACCAGAAUAAGCUCCAAGGAAUCAUAUUAUUUCCCUAAAAAAAUUUCUUGGAUAGUUUGGAUAAAACCUUGAUAGCUAAUAAAGUGUGAUUAUGUCAAGCGAAAAUAAAUUUAUCCCUUAAAAAUAUUAAUUUAAAUUUUUUAAAUUGGUUUGGUUCUCAUUGGGAUAAAAUAUCUAUCCAUAGUAUGACUUGUUAGUGGCUGUUCUGUCUUUUUACAGUUCCUGUGUAGUUUUAAAAAAAUAUGAACACUAUAUGAAAAGUUAUAUUUUUAUUAUAUUAUAUUAAUGUGUAAACAUCUUGGCUCUCGAUAUACAGUAUUUGUUAGGAGUAAUUUCCUGAAAAUGGAACAGAUGUCAAUGGACAGAAAUGUGACAGAGAUGGCAGACCUAUGUGUAGUAACAUAAACCCGUACAUAGUCACUUUCGUAAACAUUAGGGUACAUAGCAUACGUAUUGGUGUGCCAAAUAAAACUUUAUGAUAGUGAAACUACCAUGGAGCAUUUUUGGUAAACUAAAAUAGUCAUAAUAAAAAGUAUUCUCAAGUUUUAAAAUACCUAAGAAAUCUGGCAUUACAAUGGUUUUAAUACAUAUUCUAUUUUCUAUAUGUCACUAGUCUCGAUAGCACAGCGAUAAAGUGUGCGCGUGUUAACUUCAAGGGACUUGGUUCGAAUCUCGUCACUGGCAGAAAUGUUUUUACUAUUUUAUAACAUAUUAUAAUAAUAUAUAAUAAUUAAUCAGCUCAAUAAGGUUAAAGUUUGUAGGAAGUAUUUACAGACUGAUUUCAGUUGUUUAAGCAAAAACAAACAUAUAGGCCUAUUUAGUGUUAUAAUGUGUGUUUUAAAAUGUUUUAGGUUAAUGUUUUAGUAAUUCCAUAGAAGUAUAACUUCUAAAGUGUGUGGAAACUUUAAAGCAUGAACUGUUUAAUCAAUUUUAACAAGAUGGACAGUAUUUUAAUAAAAUUCCUUGUCGAAAAUUAGGUCCUAAGCUUGGGCUUAGGAUUUAUCAAGUUUUUUUUUUUUUCGCUUUUAUUGGAGCCGUUUCUGAUAGUUUAGAGUUUUUUUUUGCUUCGUGCUGCCAUCUGCGGGUGAUGUUGGCAAGCAACGUUUACGAUUCAGGCAGUGAAUUCUAGCGGCAGGUGCUAAAUGUAAGUUUUUGAUUGGUUUUUAGAAAUUUUGGUAUGUAAUUAAAAAGGGAAUAUUUUAUUGAUCAGUAUUGAUCAUGCUUGGCAUUAUUUUAAAGAAUUAUACUUCAAAUUUUGUGUCCGAAUUUUGUAUUAUAAGUUCAUUUGCAAUAUGAAAAACCUGAGAACACAUGAAUUUGCUCAUUAUCGAGGUUAAAUGUUUACAUAUUACUGAUGAGUUCUGAAAGACUCGCUCACACUUUUUCUAUAUAUUAUAAACAUUACUUUUUUUUAUAGACACUGUCUUUCAAAAUUGCAGAGUUAAGUUUUACUUAAAAAAGUUACACGAUAAGUACAGAGUUACUAUUAGUAUAUGAAGAUCAUUAGGAAUGUUUGCUGGUUCUAGAAAUACAAUAUAUCAGGUCAAGAAUUUAUAAUACUACCAUUUUGGUAAUAGAAUUUAUAAUACUACCAUUUAAAAUUUUUUUAAGUUGCAUUUCUCCUUAGAAUGGUGUAUGAAAAUAAGUUUAUAUGUUGAAAUCCAUGCUCCCAUUUAUUAAUGUUGAUCACUUUUGAGAUUUAUAUGUGUAAUAUGCAUCUAAAGAUGUUACAUAUCACCCAUAAAUGGAUAAGGCCUACAUUUUGAUACUUAUUUAUUUUAUUUUAAAUUAAAUAAAAACAAAGAAAAUGGCUGUGUAUCUUUAAAAGAAUACUUUGUGACUGAUGACAAUGAGUUGUGCAGUUCCUAAACUUUAUUGCUCCCAAAUGCCACGCAUCUGCCUAAAUUUCAUAGAUUACCUCCUUAAGGAAAACAAUUUAGGACACUAUAAAAAUAGUGUCAUGAAUAUUAUAAACAUAUUGAGGUAGAUAUGUAUAAUUUACAUGCAUGGAUGCAGUUAGGUUUGAGUGUGAAAGAUUCUUCCAAGAAGAGAAGGCUAGUUUAAGUUUUUGAUAGUCCUGAUAUUUUUAUUUUUCAUCCAGAGAGAGAAAAAUUUAAAUAGGGAGUGAAUUAUUUUGUAGCAAUUUCAUAAAAAAAAUUAAUUUCAUUAAGUGGAGGUGGAAAGGCAUAAGGGAAAUGUGGGUAGGAUACUCUAGCAUCUUGGAUCGAGUUUUACGGAUGACUUUGUUACUUGACAAUGUCAAAACAUUUCCUGUGUUGAGUAUUGGCUGCGUUUGUUUAUGUGGCUGAAUGCUGGAAAAUUGGCAAGGUAGCUGUUGUAACGUGCAAGCGUCACAUUGUGUGUCAAGAUUGGUGGCUGUUUGGAAUAUUUCACACAAUGCAAUAAGAAAGCUGUUCUUGAGGCAUUUUACUUGAGAGGCUGGUUAUCGGUUACGAACUUCAAGAGUGGGGAAAUGGCAUAACGGCUUAGGCAACACAGUGAAGUUUACCACCUGUGGGUGCUAGGCUAGCCAAUUUAAUGAUAAUUUACACAUUGGGUGUAAGUUAAUUCACUGUUGAACCAGGCCAAAGUUGGAGUCGUUGUUGGGUAAGGUUUAGUGCAUUCCAGAUAUUCUGAACAAUUUAGUAUUCUUGUUAAGCAUUUUCUUUCUGUUGAGGAGGCUUCAAAGUAUGGAACUCCUUGUUACGACAUGUUACGUGAAACAGUUUCAAGGAAGUGAGGGUCAGUCCCAGUAUUCAGUUUUCAAAAAUUUAACCGGCACUGACAACCAUAAGUAUAACAUAAUCCUGGUAGAACAGAAAGCUUAACAGCUAAACCUUUGCCCUCCCCCCUCCCCCUUCUCCUAAAAAUCAAUAGACUUCUGUUGAAACGCAGGUUAAUGUUACCGGCGAUCAACAGUCCUACGUCUUUGAGACUUCACUCAAGUCAAGGAAUAGAGGCUAUCAGCACCCUGUGUGAAACAUAAAGUUAACGUUGUAAUUUUUUGAAAAUUGCCGGCAUCAGCUCUGAUUCUUCCUUUCCCUGCCUUCACCCCCUUCAGCUAGCCCCCCAGAUGGAAAGAUAAGGUUGGCAGGAAGUGUCCAGACAUGAAGGAAAAAGUUAUUUUUGUCGGGAUACUGACCUCUUUUUGUCCCCCUUAUCACUAGGAAACAGAAUGAUAAUUUCAACUAAAAGUAGACCUAUGGGAAAAUAAUCCAGGAUUUAUAUACUUAUAAAACUUACCUUUAAAAUAAACUCUCAUGAAUUUAAGUUGUCUAAUACUCAUUAACUGUAGGUAUUUGCUUUUCCAGCCAUUCAUAAUUUAUAACUCAACCAACAAUUCAAGUGUGUAUUUCUUUUCUAACAGAGCUGUUAUCUUGGCGUAUCCCUUGCCCAUCAUAGUACAUAACUUGCAAUUGUUUGGUGUGUUGCUACUGCCAUAAUUUAUUAUUUAUUUUUAUAAUUUUCUUAAUUUCUCGAAAACAAGUAUUUACUUCAUUCGCACACAGUUUUUUAUUGGUGUUUGCCUAAGUUCAACAUUGAUCCAGAAAAAACCAGAGGUCAUGUGCUGCAGGAUCUAGUGAGAAGUGAAGUAACUGUGAUACCUAGGAGCUAGGUGACUUGUUUGUGGUGGCAUUAUGGUAAAGGGGGUUGCUUAUAGUCAUAUUAAACAUAUAAACACACACACUAUUUUAGGACACCGUAUCUUUGGUGUGGCUGAAAAUUGUGUGGAGGUUAACCUUAAACUGAGAACUUAGAACCAAUUUUUAAGAACCGGAACUGAACCAAGAACCAGGAAACAAGGAGAAUCAACACAUCACUAAUGUAAGGUCCCAACCUAGUGAGGCACACAUUCGGUGUGAAGAGCUUCAGAAGAAACUGUGUGAUUUGAAAACUGCUCAAGAUAACCAAGUGGUGUCCAUUUAGGAAAAGCAUUUAAGAAUGCAUUGAGGGCAGAGAGUUGUUCUGUUACCAUAUUUCGUUUUCAAACUGUAUUUUUAGGAGAGUGAAAAAAGGCUUAAAUUUGUGUUUUCAUGAUAAUUUUUAGACAUGAAACACCCAGUACAGGUUUUUGAAAGCAUUCCAAGGGCCUUGCAUUUCACAUUUAGUUUCCUUUCUCUGCUAUACAAUGUUAUGGUUACUACUCAGAUUUUGUAGUUGUUCUGUGCACAAUGAGAAGACCACAUAAGAGUUUUCAGAGCCUUGCACUUGGAGGAAACACCACACUAGAAGUACCAGCGGGAAUUGUACUUAUCAUUCUGUCUCACAAGACAGAUGCACCCCUGACUAUACGGCCCCCUUAAAAGCAAGCUAUUUAUGAGUUAAAUUUUUUUUUGACCAAUCAGAAGUGAAUUAAAAAAAAAUUCAGAUUAUUUGUAUGCACAAAGAGAUUUAAAUCUCAUGGUUAUUACAUAGACUUAAGGUAAUCAUGGUGGGCUCCAAACCUAUUGGGUAAGUACUCAGACAUGCUAAAGAUUGAUUGAACCCGUGACAACACAUGAGCAUGAUGUGUUAGCGAUCAUCAUGUCACAGAGGAACUUGGAGUCUUGUAGGGUUAGCAUACUCCUCCCAUAUCACUGGAAAAGAUGGUGAUUUGUGUUCAUGUCAUGGAUGUGCCUGAGGUCCGGAACCUGAGCAAACUAAAAAUGCUGGCAGGGCGGUAAUGUGUGUAGGUAGCCAAGGUCAACUGCGGAAAAACCUGACAAAAUCAGAGUGGCUUGUUAGUGCUGCAUUACAGGAUGUGCACAACCAUUAAGGAUCUUUUAUUGUAGCACAGCACUGUGCAUGGGAAUGGCUGUGACGAAAAAUAUAAGCCUUGUUCAAGGAGAUAUGAUAUGGAAAAAUGGGAAUACAAGCAGUUGAAAUAUCUCUUUAAGCACUGGGACUACAAUUGCGAAGCUAAACUGAUGUUUUGAAUUACUGGUGUGGAAAUACAGGAAUUGCUAUGUUUACAGGAAGGAAGCUGAGGUGUUGGAUAAGAACUUUGGAGAAAUGCUGAAAAUUUGUAGCAGGAUUCUAAUACUCAUAGGGGCCCUUGUAGUUGAGUGGUGGAUCAUUUGCUGCCCUCCUAGGCGAUGUCUGCAGAUGUUGCAGCAAGCCGGUGAGGUUUUCUUAGGGCACUCCUGUUGGCCCAACCCAUUCAUUCUGUCAGUGCUUCAUUCUUAACUCGUCAUCAUCAUCUCUAGUGACCUCGAUGGGGUGUGUUUGUGUCAUUGAGACAGAGCUUCUAAAAAUACAGUUUAGAAACUAAAUGUGGAAGCAGAACUCCUCAACGGCCCUCAGCGUACUCGUAAAUGCUUUUCGUAAACAGAUGCCACUUGGAUAUCUGAAUAGUUUACAAAUUGCCUGGAUUUUUUUCUGAAUCACAAAAUGUUUUCCUCUGUAGGCGGGGCCCUUAAGCUAUAUUUUAUUCUGAUAUGUACAUUUCACGCUUUAAACACUCUUCCGGCCAAGCCUGUUUGGCCCAUCUCAUUGUUGCAGUGUUCAAGGCUAGACUUGCUAUUAUUGGGGUAUCGUUCUUCUACAUCCCACCCAAUAAAUGCUGGGAUGAUUCUUCUCCUUUGACCAUUUAUGUUUCCUUACAAAUUCUCUGAAUUAUUUCCUCGUAUGUGUUCAUUCUUAGAAGUAGAACAAAAAUAUUUCAAUUAAACUCCACCAAGUCAUGCCCUGAUUUAACUUUCCUCACAAUUGCACAUAGAGAGCAUUUAUAAACCUGUUUAUUAUUUCCACUCCAUUAAAAAUUUCUGAUUUUUUUUAAAAAUUAUAGUUCCGGAAGUAUCUUUAACUUACCAUGCUGAAGUUGUAAUGGUAAUUUUUUUUAUUAUGGUUACUAUGGAUGUUAAAAACUGUAUUGAUUAUUAUUAUUUUACUGUUUUAAAAUAUCUUUGUGAAUCUCAUAGUAAAUUCCAAAGAAAAUUUUGCUAGGUACUUUUGUUUAGUUCAGUUGGCGUCACAGAAAAGGAAUUGUGUUUAGGAGUUGGCACCCUUGUUGCUAGGGCUAUGCAAGAAUGUUGUUGAUGUUUAAAAUGUUUACACAUUGCGGAAGUUUAAAGUAAACUGAAUUUGCAAAUUUGAAGCAACAUUCCUUUAACUGUAGUAAUAAGUUAGCAAGUUCGGCACAUUCUAUUUGAUUUUCCUUGCUACAUGGAAUAACUGUGUUAUUUGUGUGGAGGAGAAAUGGAAGCUAUAAAAAUUUUUCUGGCAUUUCCCAAGCAUUGUAAAUAUGUUAUAUAUAAAUGUUAUCCAGCCUGUCAUAUUUUCAUCUGAUCCAGGCAUAAUUUUUGCAUUUAUAAUGUUAGCAUUUGACUUUAGCUGUAAUUAAAUAAAAUAAUUGUAUAUUGUUAUUUUGUUAGUACCAUGGCCUUAUGUUAAGCAAUACAGUAUGCUCAUAUGUAAAAAAAUAUUUAGUAAAAUAUUUUUUAAACUAUUUAAAUGAGUAUCAUGUUGUGCAAGCAAGAAAAUUUUUGUGAUGUGAUGUAAAGUUUAUAUUUGUAAAUGCUAAUUGAUUUGUGCAUUAACUGAAGUUUUCAUUUUAUUUUGCACUCAUUAACUGUUUCAUACUGGUAAGUGAAGUUGUUUAAAAUCUCUAAAAUGAAUAUUAUCUUUAUUUUAUUACUUUGAUAUAAUUUCAAAGAACAAUUUUUUCAAAUUUGUUGUUUGUUCUUUACUAACCAAGUUUAUCAAAAUUUUCAUUGCUCUUGUGUGGCGGUGUUACAUUCUGGCAACACUAACACAGCUUGCACUAAGUUUUAUGUUAAAUUAUUAGCUUGCUGCAAUGGCUGUUGUGCUUGCACUCGUAAUAUUUAAGGAAUGAGUGUUUUUUUUUUAACCUUUUUUUAAAGGUAAUUUUCAAUUCAUUUGCCAGAAAUAUUGUGAUACGCUUGUUGAUUCUGCAAGUAUCAGUAAAACCUUUAAUCAAUUAAAUAAUUUUUUGUACUUGGAUACAAAUUAAUGUGGUUCUUGUAGUAAAAGUUGUGGUAUUUUAAGUUGCUGCAAUAUGAUUUCUGCUGAAAUGAGCAGUAUUACAUACUGAAUCUCUGCUUUUCUGCAGGUGCCAAAAUAAGUGUAAUGCAAGUUAUUUUGUCUUUAAUUAUGUGUAAGAAAACAAGUGAACAGAUUGAUCUGUGAUUCCCAUGCUAGGGGUUUAGAAAUUAACUUUUUCACAUCACUUGUCAGAAAGAAAAAUUUAUGUCUUGAUUUUAAGGAAAGAAAGCUUUAAUUUUUUCCCCCAGAUCUAACUUCAUUUACUUACAGCAUUAAAAUGCUUUCCAAAAUUACUGUGCCAUGGGCAUUAUAAAUUUUUGGCCUUAAUUUUUUUGUUUAUUUUUUAGCAAAGUAAUUAUCUGUGAUUUCAUGAGAGAGUUUUUGUGUUGUGUAGUAACGUUAACUUUAGACUGAAAUUAUUUUAAUUUAUACUAUAUUUUAAAAUAAUUAUAGUUACACUCAUGUGUAUGAUAAAAAAACUUGAAAAAUUUAGUGGCAAUGCUUGUGAAUAGCAUUGCUUUAGUUUAUUAAAUGUUUGUUUUGUGUUCAUGAAAAAAAUAUUUUCAUAUUACCUUAAAAGCAGUAUUAAUCACAAUAUGCGCUUGACUUGAUAAUAAGUUUUAUUUAUUUUGGGCAACUGCUAGAUAUAAAUUACUGGUGGCUGUCAUCAAACCCACAACCUCUAAAAUGUUAGAAGUGUUACUGCAGGACCAAACACACUUGGUUUAAAUACGUAUUAUGAAAAAUUUUACCUUUCAUUAUGUUUAUUGCUCCACUGAAUAUGACACGUUUUGCCGCUAAAUAGUAAGGUUGGGCACAGAAGUAAGGUGCUUGCAAGAACCCAACCUGUUGGGUAAACUAGAUUUCCUUUGUCAUGUUACAAAGUUUACUCUGUCAAAUUGGGUUUAUCAUGUAGUUUCCAAUUGAGUUUUAAGUAUUUUCUAACCAAUUUGAAAAUGGUUUUAGUUCAGAAAUGAAAAUAAAGUAUUGUUGCAUUUAUUAAAAUAAUUAACAAUUGAAUUUUUAGACUGACUGUUUUCAGCUAUUUAAAAAGGCAUGUUACCUACAUUUAAAUCAAGACCAGUUUACUAUUAGGCGGGCUGUUACAUAUAUGUAUUCAUCAAAUCAUUAAAUUAAUUUUUUUUAAACACUUAUAUAUUUUGAUUUGCUCCCAAUAUCUGACCAAGCAAAAUGCUUAUAAUUUUGAUAUAUCUGCAUUUGUUUACAACAUUUUUUUUUAGGUAAUCUGCAGUACUUAACUUGCCAGUACCCUCUGAUCACCAGGGGUUAAAUCUAAAGUGAUGAAGAGUUUGUGAUUUAGUUAACAGAAUACAGAUUUUGAACACGGUUAAACUACUUGCUUGGAAUUACAUUUCCAUAAGAGUAUACUUUUGUUCCGAGUUAAUCUGGUAAGGUUUCCAAAAGGGCCUGGAAAAGUGUUGGUGUCCAGUAAGCAAUUAUGCUUUAAACUUGCUGUAUGUACUUAUUCUGGUAACCCAUGAAUAAUAUGUGCAAUAGUAACUAAUAAGCUAACAUUUAUGGUUCAAGUUAUGUUGGUCAGAUAAGCUCAUAAAUGUCAGCAAAAAGAAAAUUAAACACUGUGCAGUCAAAUAAAUGUUCCUGUUUUUGCACAAAUUGAUUCGAUAUCCUAUUGUUAAAUUUAUGAUAAUACUGAGUACAGACAUGUUUUGAAUACAUAGAUGUACAUUUAUGCCAUUUUAACUAAUAAAAGCAUUUAAAAAAUGUCUGUGAUCUAAAAAUUUUUUAAUUAUUGUAACUAAACUGAUCAUAAAAUGAAACAAUAAGAUUUUGCUUCUGAAUAACUAACCAUUGCAAAUAAAUUGAUGGAAACAUUGCACAAUGAUAAUGCUAAACUAGUAUUGUCAGGUUUUGUUAUUUAAGAGGCAUGUCUGACAUUAAAAAGUAAGAGAGUAUUCAUGUUCAAUUCUAUAGGUUAAGGAAUUUUGUUAUUGGACUCUGUUAAAAUGUUGGAAUAAAAGGGAUUUUGCUCUGAAUGUUAGUCCACUUUAUCACUGUCAAUGAAGGAUGAUUAUUAGGUGUGAAGAAAAUACAGUUAAUGUAGUGAUUUUUACAACCCAUGUUUUGUUAUUUAAUUUUUUUGCUCAUAUUUAAUUUUUUUUAUUCAAAUUAAUAUUAUAACUUAAUAGAAUUAUUGUCAUUUUUCCUUGAGAAAUAACUAAUAUAUGUUUCUUCUUAGGUGUACUUCCUACUGAAAAUUAUGAAUUUUCUUUUAGAAUUAUAAAAUGUAAAAUAUGAAUACUAUUCUCACUUCUAUCUGCAUUUUGGGUCCUGGAACAAAUUAGUUAUUUUAUUCUGAAAUUGUUUAGGUUGGUCACUUUGUUGCUGUAAAUACAGAAAACAUUAUUUCACAUGUAUUUUUAAACUUCUACUUAUUUUUUGGCCAAUAGAAAUAUGUUUAGGUCUACUUCAGUAUCUUCUGUCGGUUGAUAGUGUUGACUGAUGUGUUAACCUUACAAUAUUUGUAUUCAUUCCUUCAACCUUGAUUUAUAAAUUUUAUUCAAAGUUUAGGAGAAAAUUGAACCAGGCCUAUAGAGUGUUAUUUCACGUUAUUAAAUAUUCAUUAAAAGUUAUCCAUUGAACUUAUAUAUGUUAUUGGCUAUCAAGAUUAUAAGUUAUUUCAUCUAAUUUUCUAGGCCCUACCACCUGUAAAAGAACAGUAAAUGGUAAUGAGGAUGUGAAAGAUUUUUUUUUUUUACUUUUGUAAAAAUAAUGUAACAUUUGUAUAGUAUUUGUAUUUAAAAAGUGAAUAUUCAUAUUGUGGUGCAUAUGUUCUGUUUAUCAUCUUGACUUUUGUAAUAUAAUUAUUUAACUGUAAUACUCAUGUCAUAGAUGUCAAAAUGUAUAUAUGUGUAGCAAGUUUUUGAAAAUAAUUCCAUAAAAUUCUUACUGUAUAAAUGGAUGUUCUAUAUGUUGUAUUGAAUAUGUGAAUAUUUUCAAUGCAUUUUAUAUGUCUGUUUAUAACUGUACAUGAACUUGGUGUUUAAUAGUGAUAGAACUUUUCACACAAUUGUGUGGGAAUGAAAAAAUUGUAAACUAUCUUGAUAAAAUAAAAAUACUAAGUUUUUUUUAUAUUCUUGCUAUUUCAGGUUGUGUAAAUUAUAUUUUGAAAUCAGUUAUAAAAAUUUGAAAAAUGAUAAUACACUUUCUGUUGGUUGGUAAAAUUUUAAAGGCACCCUGAAUUUUGGCAGUCUUUAGAAAGAUAUGCAACCAUCCACAAUGGCUAUUCUGUCAUUAAGUCAAAGACAUUUGUAAAUUCUGUGUGCUUCCAAGCUUUGGUUGGGCGAACGGACAAACCGAUUUAGCACCUCUAUAGCUUUCUGUACCAAUGAAACUUAAGUUUGACACAGGAAAUUAGAAUAAACUAAAAACACAAUAAUUGUUAUAAAUAUUUUUUUAAUGUGUGAGUCAUAUCUUGUCAUCUAGCUAGCUUCACUAGUUAUCCUCUCAUUGGUCCUUAGAAUGUCGUACAUCAGCCAUUCGAGAUGGCUCGGCUGAGUGCAGACUUAAAGAAAUUUAGACUGAAGGCUGUUGUGAAAGUUCUGCAUUGAUAUUGAUACGAGCUCCAUACCACGAUUAUUCAUCUGCGAAGAUGUUUGGUGCAGAUAGUGCUGUAUUUUUCGACGUACAAGGCGAGAAAUUUAUACACAUUUGAAGAACUUAAAGAUGCUACUCGUUUUAUAUGAGAGGUUUAAUUAUAUGGAAGUGCACAGUACUUUUGUCACUUUGGCAUGGAGUCUGUAUACACUUGCGCCUCGAAGUAACGCCCUAAUUCGUUCCGGGAAAACAGAGCGCUAAUCAAAACAGAGCUAAAAUACAUUUUUUCCGUCAAAGUGUAUGUUAAUCAAAAAAUUCAUAUUCCAAUCAGGUAAGUGUGCUUAAUGACCACCAUUUUAAUCAAGACACUACUCCUGUUAAAACUAAUUUACAGUACUACUAUAUGUUAAAAUACAUUUUAAGUUCAUUUAAAUAAUUGUUGACUAACCUUUUGAGAUUAAACCACCUAAAAUUCAAUUUAUAAAAUUCACGUAUCACAUUGUUGACAUAAUAGGAUCUGGGCAUAACAUUCCUAAGUAGAUGCAAACAACAUUUCUGAGUUACAAAAUAAGAAUGUUAAUAAUAUAGGCAAUAUAUUUCAGUUCUGAUAAAUUUUAAUAAAGCUAAACCUAAUGUUUUCUAUUUUUGAAAAGAUUAUUUUAACCUGUUAACAUAAUUCCUGACACAUCUUUACUAAAUGUUUGUCUGCCAUGAUUUGCCACUAGUUCAUGCUAAUAGGCAUGGGGUAAACUCUCUCCAGAGCUGCUGUUGACAUGCAGUAUGGCAUAAUAUAAACAUUGGCUGAACAUUCGGGCAUUGUCAGAAAUAAAUACAUAAUGAAGGAAGCGAAUAACUAUUGUUUGUUGAUUCAUCACAUUAUUAAUUUGUUGUAUUGUAUACUUUUGUUCUGUACAAGAACUGUUUCCACUGUGCGUGCACGGAAAUAAAAAUUCACGUUAAAGAAAUAAGCGCUACAUUGAAUCCAUGACUGCGUAAUUUCAAAUCAUGCUGUAAUUUAUCGAUGUCAUUUCUUCAAAAAAAAGUGUAAAUCGAACAACGUUACUUCGAGUGGCGGGUGUACUAUAUUUGGUCAGAACUGGUUACUUUAAACUAGAGCGUACCUCACUCUUAAUUUGCAGUACAAAGUAAAUGGCAUCCACUGUUGCCAAAUUGAUAACUAACUGGCAGUUAACAUUAAAAAUUUUAUUUUGAAUGCUAUCAUUAAUUAUAAUAGUUUUUAAUAUUAUAAGUUUUUUUUUUUAUGAUUCUAUGACCACAAAAUUAAGCAUUUUGACAGUAUUAUUACAUUUGUCAUUGUGAAAGAAAAAAAAAAUUUGAUUCUAAACACCAAUUAUUAUUUCACAGGAGAAACUAUCUGCAGCAGUAGGUCACUCUUAAUAAGAUAUUCCAUUAAAUUUUGAUAUUAAAUUAUAUAAAAUAAAAUUAUUGCAAGAAUAAUGUAAAGAAUGUAUAAAAAAUAAGCAAUUUAAACCAAGAUGGUGUCUUUUAAGUUGCGUCUCCUUAGAAGUAAAAAUAGAAUAUUAUUAGAUGAUGCUCUUGAUGACAUACAAGAAUAUGUAUAUAUUUACAAAAUUCUCAUUCUAAAUUUUUCUUUACAAAUUAUGUUUAAAAUACAUUUUAAAAAAGGUUCAUUACAUUUUAAAAUCGAGUCUUAUCAUAUUUAUGCUCUAUGGCAUAUAGCAUAUGACAUAUUUGGCAACAGAGCUCACUGAAACCUGGACAGUGGAAAUGACAGCAAUUGUUCAUUGGAAACAGAGAAUAAAUGCCCAUUAAAAUGUAAACUGCAAAUUAAUGGUGACAUGCUAUAGCCUAAAACAUUGCAUUACUUGAAACAAAAUAAAUAUUAUUAUGAAUGGUUGAUUUUUUUUUGUUUGAAUUCUAAGUAAUUUCAACUCUUCUUUUGUGUGAAGGUUCUGUAAAUUAAUGCUGAACUAUUAUAUAAAAAAACCAUAUAUUUAAUAAUGUACUAUUUCUGACAUUAUUAUGUAUGUUUUUGUGAAAUUUUAAAACCAAAUUUUUAUCAGCAAUCUUGUUUAAUGAUUUUUGGUGGAAUAUAUGUCACUGCCCAUGUAGAUAAUGUGUAAGGCCUAUCAAUGUGCAUUUUUAUGCACAUUCAAUUGUUGGGUACAUAUUCAUUUAACUCAUAAUUUUAAUGUUUUGUGAAUUCUUUUCAGACCUUGACUUACAAUUUGAAUUUCACAAAACAUUGUUUUUUAUGUAUUAACUUCUCUUAGUAAGUGUUAACAACAAAAUUAUGGUGUUAUACUGUUCAGCUUAGCUAUUCAUUCUUUACACUUUAUAUGAACCAGUAUGAUCUAUUGAAACCCCAAAAAAAUUGUUAAUGUUCAUUGCAUAAUCAAAUUUUCUUGUAAAAAUAUAUUGCAAAAUGACAGCAGUAUAUUUACAUUUUAAUCCAAAACAAUAUUUCAUAAAUAAUGGUUCGACGUACAUCAAUUACACAAUUACAUAUACCUAACAUUUAUUUUAUAAGAAAUGUAUGUCCUCAGGAUUUAUUUUAUUCUAAUGAAUGGUCUUUUAAAUUUUAAAAAUCUCAUUGUAGUAAUUUUAGUUUCUAUGCUGUAGUUCAGCCAGUAUUUAAAUUUCAUGUUAAUUUGUUACAGUAACCAAACUAGUACUUUAGAAUUAAAUAAUGUGCUUAAGUUCCAAUGUUGAAUAUUAUGAAAUAAAUGAUGUUAAAGACAUCAUCCUGAAUUUUUUUCAUAUUUUAACCCUUACUCUUGUUGAAAUUAGCUGUUAUUGAUAGCAUAUAAAGCAUGUUUUCAAACCACAUAAACGGUGCAUAGUAGGUGAUUCUAUACUUUUAAUGUUUCAAGAAAGAUCAUGUUUCGGAACUUAAGAUUUCAUAAUUUCAUAUGACGGGUUGUGAAGCUGUGUGGAAAGCAGUUGUGAACUUAGUCAUAUUCAAUAAUUACAGUUGUCAUCAAGUGGAUAGAAUUUCUUAAGAGAUUGAAUUUUAAUGGAGUGAAUACUGAGUAACUGUAUUAAAUUCAUUCACAGCUUUUACACGUAACAAAAUUUGCUUCUCAUGUUUUCAGCAAAAUUAUUCUGCCUAGGAAUUUUGUUAAGAAGUACAAUCCUGCCAGAACUUAAGACAACUUCAAUAAUGAAAGAAAUAUGUACCAGAUUAAAAAUAUUUUGGUACCAAUUCAGAUUUUGAAAAUUAACUACCAUUUUUAUGUCAGCUCUCUUAUCGAUUACAAAAAUGUGAGCGAGUCUUUUCAGUAUUCGUCAGUGAUGUGUAAACAUCUAACCUCGGUAACCUAACAAUUUAAUGUUUUCUCAUGUUGCAAAUAAACUUAUUAUACAAAACUCCGACACAAAAUUCAAUGUAGAAUUAUUUUAAAAGAAUUCAAUCAUGAUAAAAAACUAUUAUAAUUAGUUUUUAAUAUUUUUAAAGUUGUUUUUGAUGUUUCUAUGACCAUAAAAUUAAGUCUAUUAACAGUACUAUUACAUUUGUCAUUAUGAAGAAAAAAAUGUUUUGAUUUUUAACACCAAUUAUUAUUUCACAGGAGGAACAAUAUGCAGCAGUAGGUCACUAUUAAUAAGAUAUUCAAUUAAAUUGUGUGUUAUGCAUUAUAUAAAAUAAAAUUAAUGCAAGAAUCAUUUAAAUAAUGUAU